AUGUAUUUGGAAAGGAAAAUGUUAUAAAAAAGAAUGUGUUUUAGCAUCUUCAGCUACAUCAUCACAUGCAGAUUGUCAGACAUAUGAUUCAAGUUGUACUUUGAAUAAUACAGGUUCUGGUUGUGUUCCAAUUCCUCUUAAAUGUGAAGCUAUCACAAUUGAAGCUGCAUGCAAUCUAAGAUUAUAAAUUACAAGUGGAGUUAGAUCCUACUAACCAUGUGGCUGGACUGGGUCUUAAUGUAUUGAUAAGGCUUGCUCUACUGCUCCUAAAACAAUAUCAACAACAUCUGAUUGUCAAUCUUACAUUUCUACUUGUGUAGCUAAUAAUCCUGUGACUGUGAGUGGAACAUCUACUAUUCAAGGAUGUUAAGAUUUACCAACUACUUGUGCCUUAAGGAGAUCAUCUGAAAACUGUGAAAUCACAAGAUCUGGAUUCGUAACAUGCCUUUGGAAUACUGCUACAUCUACAUGUGUGGAAAAAUCUUGUGCCACUGCAAAUGUUACAACAACUCCUGGAUAUCUUUUAACUUUUGCUUUUAGUGAUUGCAUUGGUUAUUUAAACACUUGUAUUUCAAAUAAUACAGGAGAUGGUUGUAUUGCUAAACCAGCCAGCUGUUCGUCUUUAGUUUCUUCAAACUGUAGAGUUGCAUCAAAAGCUAGUGGUGACUGUUAUUGGACUGGUUCUAGUUGUGUCGAUCGAACUUGCGCUAAUAUUCCUUUAACCACUCACUCAGCUUGUUAAGGUGCAUUAAGUUCUUGCACAACAAAUAAUGGAAAAACAGCUUGUUAAACAUUAGCAGCUGCCUGUACUUCUUAUGGAUCAUCUGAAAAUUGUAAAGUAACAUCCACUAAUAAAAAUUGUAUAUGGACUGGAUCAGCUUGUAGAAAUGCCACUUGUUCAGAUGCUUCUGACACUAAUGCUUAUGAUUCAGAUAGUGAAUGUUCAGCUUACCCAACACCAAGUGAAACUUGUACAGUUUUAUACAAAACUGGAAAGUUAGGAUGUGUGGCUAGAUCAGCAAAUUGCAGUGACUAUGUAUCAUCAGAUUAAUGUUAUAGAACUUUGACAUCAGCUUCAGAUGAUUGUACUUGGAAUUCAACUGUUAACAAAUGCUUUUCUAAUACUUAUCUCUAAGGUGCAUGUUCUACAUUUAAAGGAACAUAAGCAUAAUGUGAAUCAUUCAAAUUAGGUUGUACUAAUACUGGAAGUGCUGUUGAGACAGAUUCAUGUACGUUUUCUUGUGCUAAAGUAACAGGAUUGUCAGGAGCAAAUCAUUCAACAUGUUAAGGAUACAGCACUACUUGUACAGUUAAUGUUGCUGGAGAUGCAUGUGUUACGUAAGCAGCUGCUUGCAGUACAUACGCUUAAACUGAUUGUACAACUAAGAUUGGUGGUUUGAAAUGUUUCUGGGAUGGAAGUACAUGUUUAGAUAUUACAUCAUCAAAUUGUGAUGCUGUUACUGGGGCAACAGGCUUAAAUCACGCAGGAUGUUAAGCUUUCAAUACUGCUUGCACAAACAAAGCUGCAACAGACUGUCAAUUAUUCUAAACAACAUGCAGUAGUUACACUGCUGGCGGUGCAGGCGCUUGUGUUAAUGUUUAAUCAGGUUUGAAAUGUUUCUGGGAUGGAACUGACUGUUUAGCUAUUACAUCAGUCAAAUGUGAUGCUGUCACUGGAUUAACAGGUCUAGAUCAUGCAGGUUGUUAAGCUUUCAAUACUGCUUGCACAAACAAAGCUGCAACAGACUGUCAAUUAUUCUAAACAACAUGCAGUAGUUACACUGCUGGCGGUGCAGGCGCUUGUGUUAAUGUUUAAUCAGGUUUGAAAUGUUUCUGGGAUGGAACUGACUGUUUAGCUAUUACAUCAGCCAAUUGUGAUGCUGUUACUGGUGCAACAGGCUUAAAUCACGCAGAAUGUUAAGCUUUCAAUACUGCUUGCACAAACAAAGCUGCAACAGACUGUCAAUUAUUCUAAACAACAUGCAGUAGUUACACUGCUGGUGGUGCAGACGCUUGUGUUAAUGUUUAAUCAGGUUUGAAAUGUUUCUGGGAUGGAAGUGCCUGUUUAGCUAUUACAUCAGCAAAUUGUAAUGCUGUCACUGGAUUAACAGGUCUAGAUCAUGCAGGUUGUUAAGCUUAUAGCACUGCUUGCACAAAUAAGGCAGCCACAGACUGUCAAUUAUUAUAAACAGCAUGCAGUAGUUAUACUGCUGGGGGUUCAACUGCUUGUGUAAAUGUGUAAUCAGGUUUGAAAUGUUUCUGGAAUGGAAGUGCAUGUCUAGAUAUUACUUCAGCCAAUUGCAGUGCUGUAACAGGAUUAUCAAAUUUAACAUAUGAAAAUUGCCAAGCAUAUAGUACUGCUUGUAGUGUUAGAAGAGAUAAAACUGGGUGUGUUACAUAAUAAUCUUAAUGUUCAGGAUAUUCAAGUGCAAUGGUAGGCUGUUAUAAAUCAACUGCAGGAUUAUGUAUUGCUACCACAAGUUCAGAUACUGCCUGUGCAGCCGCUUCAUCAGCAACCACAUGUGAAGCAGUAUUUUUAGGAACAGGUAAUUAUUCAGACGCAAAUUGUAAUGCUUUUAAGACAGGUUGUAUUGCCUUAAGUACCACAGGAUGCUAAACUAAAACAUGUGCUAAUUAUUCAGGUGGCUAUAAUCAUGGAAAUUGUAAUUCUUGGGUCAAUACUUGUACUGUGAAUUCUUCGAAUACUGGAUGCACAACAAUGCCAGCAACAUGUGCUGUUUAAACAUCAUCUAAUUGUAUUUAUUCAGUUGAAGGUGCAUGUGUUGUUGUAGGUACAGCAUGUGUCAAAAAAACAUGUGAUACAGCAACUGCAGAUUCAAGCUAUGACUCAAAUGGUGAAUGUACUACUUAUUUAGCUACAUGUACUGUUGCAAGAACUGGAGGUUGCCAAGCUAGAGCUGCUUGUUCAUCAUAUAAAUCAAAUCAAUAAUGUAAAUUUAAUACCAGCGCUGGUAAAUGUUUCUGGAAUCCAACAAAUAAGAAUUGUGUUGAUUUGAAUUGCGGUAAUAUAGAAGCCACAUCAUCAUAUGAUACUCAUACUGAAUGUGUGGGAGUUGAUGCAACACUUGCUUGCACUGUAAGAGCUACAGCUGGAGCUGCUGUUGCCGGUUGCAUGGCAAGAGGAUCAUGCGGUUCUUAUACAAUAGAAGAGCAAUGCCAAACUAAUGCAAGUGGUGGAGUUUGUGUUUGGAACACAAAUGCUACCUAAGCAGUAUGCUAAGAUAAAUCUUGUACUACCGCCCCAACUUCAACUGCUACCCAUAAUGACUGUUAUACAUAUUACAAUACUGCCACUAUGAAGUGCACAGUAGUUGCUACACCAGAUACAAAUGGAGGUUCACCAGUUUUAGGAGGUUGCCAAUAAACAGCUGCUUGCUCAACUUAUAUUCAUUAAGAAUAAUGUUAAAUAAAUGCUACAGGAGACCCUUGUGGAUGGAAUGGAACUUAAUGCGCUGACAAAUCUUGUGCUACUGCACCUGCAACUGCAGAUUAUGAUGACAAUACCAAAUGUAGAGCAUAUUUCAACAAUAAAUGUACCGUUGCUGAAGCUGGAUAAGGAUGUGUUGAAAUACCAGCUACUUGUGAAGUAAUGACAGAAAAGUAAUGCGUUUCUGAUAAAAGUGGCAGAUCAUGCUAUUGGACAGGAACAGCUUGUAUUACAAGAACUUGCGAAAAUGCACCAGAUGCAACAGCCACUGCUGAUGAAUGCAACACCUAUUUAGCUGGAUGUACUUUAGAUAGUGUUAAAUGUAAAACUAAAGUCUGUGAAGAUUUUGCUUUUGCUACAGAUGCAUUAUGCAAACAAGCAUUAACCACCUGCACAACUAAUGGAAUAAAUUGUGUUACUAGAGGAACUUGUUUCUAAGCACAAAACGAAGCAGGAUGUGUUACUUCCUCAACAAAUCUAUAAUGUGAAUGGAUGCCAGCUGUAGGUGCUAAUUAAGCUUAUUGUACAAUCAAAACAUGCAAUACAGCCCCAGUUACUUUAACUACAGAAGCAGCUUGUGCUAGUUAUUUCACUAAUUGCACAACAAAGAAUGGUGGUGGAUGUGUUACAAAGUCUACAUGUUCAGCUGUUACUAUUGAUGUUGCAUGUACAACUGCCCUUAAUGGUACAGUAUGCGCUUGGGAUGCUGCAUAAAAUAAAUGUAGAGACAAGGACUGUUAAGAUUUUAGUGGAACAACUCAUGCAGCUUGCUAAGUCUAAAAAGCUGGAUGCACUGCUGGAGCUAAUGGAAAAUGUGCAAGAGUAUAAAAUUGUGAAUAAACAACAAUCAGAAGUGCUUGUAUUGAAGGAACAAAUGGACCUUGCCUUUGGAUUAAUGAUUAUACUAACAGCGAUGGAUCUAAGGGAGCUUGCUUCAGAUAUACAUCAUGCAAAAGUUUGAAUUGGAAUUCAGAUUCUCAAUGCAAAUGGAUAAGCAAUUAAUGCACAACAAAUGGAUCUAAUUGUGUUGGAAUUACUUUAUGUUCCGAAACAAACACCGAUGGUGGAUGUGUGACAGGAUAUGACGGAGCCUGUAUUUAAUCAGUUCCUGCUUUGAAUUCCUCUGAUCCAAAGGUUUGCAAACCAUACACUUCAUGUGCAGAUGCUUUCUACACAACUCAUGCAGACUGCUAAGUUGCCAGUAGAAAAUGCACAACUAAUGGAACAACAGGAUGUAUUGCUUUAGGUGCUUGUUCAUCAUACACAUCAUAAGCUGGAUGCUUCUUUAACGAUAAAGGAGCUAUUCUCACAUCUGGAGCUAUUACUUCAACUGGCAUUUGUACUUGGGACACCACUUCAAGUAGUUGCAGAGAUUAGACAUGUGCAGAUUUAACUGGCACAACCCAUGCAACAUGUUCUUCAUAAUUGUCGACCUGCACAUCAGAUGGAACCACAUGCUUAGUGAAAGGAACUUGCGCUUCAUAUUCAACAUAGACAGCCUGCACAACAGCUGUUGGAUCAGAUGGUAUAUGUUAUUGGGAACUUGCAUCAGCCACUAAUAAUAACACAGCCAAAUGUAGAUUGAUGACUUGUGCUGACGUUCAAAAUGGUACGUCAACAAAUGUUUGUUUAGUUGCUUUAAGUUCUUGCGUUUCUAAUGGAACUGCAUGCAUUUCUAAAGCUAAUUGCUCUACAUACACAACUAAAACAGCUUGCAAUUCUGGUGGAUUAGAUGGAAUUUGUGUAUUCACUUAAUCAACUGCUACUGGAGCAGCUGUUGGUACUGGAACUUGUGCUUUAAUGACUGCAUGCGUCACAGCUAAUAAUGAUCAAACUGCUUGCCAAGCUGCAAGAGAUAGAUGCUCAUGGACUGCUGCAUCAGGAACUGGAGCUACUGCUGUUGCAAGCAAAUGCUCUUCUCAUACUUGUGCUACAAACCAAGCUACUAACGGAGUUUGCACCAGAUUCUUGAAUUGGGAUAAGAAAACCUAAUAAGUAUGCACUCUAGUAAGUGGAGCAUGUACAGCUACAGACCCAGCUACAUUGUCAUUAAAUGAUUGCUUCUUGGUUUCAGGUUAUACUUAUACAUGGAAUGCUUCCACAAGCAAAUGUGGAGUAUGCACUGCAGUUGUUGUUUAACCAAAUAAUACUUCAAAUAACAAUACAAGCACCACUGAUAACACCACAACAACUGAUUCAGGAUACCUUCUUGGAUUAUCAACAAUCUUUUUGGGUUAUCUCAUGUUUUGAUGAGAAUGAUUUUUAAAAUUUAUAUAGGG